UCAGAAGUGCUUUGAGAGCCGGAGGGACCGGAUCUGUAUCGGGAUUUGAAAAGUGCAUAGGGGAAGAGUUUGGCUCCUGCAUGGCUCUGCCGGUUCUGCCGAGAAUUCCUCCUUCGAGCCGGCACUUCGGAUGCUGAGCGGGCCACCCUCCCAGAGUUUGCAGACGGAAGCGGUGCCUUGAGACCACUGCGAGGGUCUUUUUUUUUGGUGGGGGGCAGAAGGUGGGAAGCUGGACGUUGACCGGGGGACAUGUCGGAGGAGAGGCUGUUAAGCAUGGACGAGGGGGCGCUCCGGAAAUUGCUGGAGGCCACGCUGGACCUGACCGAGCGGCGGCAGAUCCGAUCCGCCAUCCGGGAGCUGCGGCGGCAGGAACUGGAGCGAGACGAGGAGGCGCUGGCAUCCAAGCGCUUCCGGACGGAGCGCUGUGCAGAACGGCAGGAGAACAAGGAGAACGUGCUGAGAUCACGGCGGCUGGAGGAGGAACAGCAGCAGCAGCAGAAAACUCUGGACAUUCUAUCCGGGAAGUUGGAAACCAUCCAGGAUGUGGAGGAACUGACUGCUUUGAUGCGGGCGGCCAGCGAAUACGAGGAACGGAAACUGAUCCGUGCCGCCAUUCGCAAACUGCGUGCUGAAGAAAUUGAAGCUGCAGCUUUGGCGGGGAAAGCUUACUACAACCGGCGGGAGACGGAUGAGGCCCUGGCGGUCAAAGGGAGGGAAGGAAACACAGUGGACGGGGGCACCUCUGAGGUGCAGGAGCGGGAAUUGAUCAGGGCCCAGAUCCGGGAGCUGCGAAGCCAGCAGCAGCAGGAAGCAAAGCCAGCAGACAUGCCAGAUUCCUCCACCCCCGUGGGAACUCUCCUGCUCCUGGACCCUGUCGCCGGCCAAGCACCCGCCGAGCCACCCUCGCUGUCAGAGAGCGGGCCGGAUCCAGAGUCGAGCGCCGAGGCCAGCUCCCGAGACAGCGACUCCAGGACUGAAUCCCCUCCUGCUUCCGAGGAGGAGACGGGCACCGGACGCAUUUCUGCUCCAGAAGACAGUGAGGGGUUGAGAGCUCCUGAAGGAGGGUCCGCUGCCGGUGAGACCCCGCAAGGGCAGCCGGAGGCUCCGAGUGUGGCCAGCGAUUCCUCCCAGGAAGAGGAGGCUUCCCCGAAGUUGCCGAGCGAAGAGACUCUGAGAGAAUGGCAGGAUGCACCUCAAGCCCCAGAGCAGGAAGCGGGUGUCGUGGACAGCAGAGAAAGCGUUUGCUCAGCAGCUUCAUCCAUUGCCGCCCCCCAGACACGUGCCCCCCCAGAUGCCCGCUGCGGUGAAACCACACAAACAACGCCACGCCAGGCAACCAGCACAGAUUCCCGCCGGGAUCAGCCCUUCCAGCGAUCCGGCUCUGUGCUGGACCGCGCACGGAAGUUCAGCUCGGAGCCCCCCAAGCCGGCGGGCUCUGCGGCCACCCCCCGGAAGGCGGAGAGUGGGGGCAAAGGGGCCCGGAUCCUGCAACAGCAGCAACAGCUCCUGAACCCCCCGCGUGCAGGAGACUUACCUGUUGGGGCACGGGGUGGCAGGAGUGGCACUGCCGGCCGUGCCCUCCAGGAUGCCAGCAGGCAGCGGGGUGAAGAGGAGCAGCAGACGGCCAAGCCCUCCGCCACCCAGGCAAAGACCGGGACAGUGAGGCCUCCUGCCGAGAGUCCGGCCGGCCCUAAAGAGGCGGGCGGCCCCCGGGGGCGGAGCCAGGCCGGCCAAUGGCAGGGGAGCAAGUGGGCACCUGCCCGCCCCUCUGCUGAAAACACUCCAGGGAGCUCCUCCGGCUCAAAGGAGCCCCAUGCCCCCCCGCUGAGCACUUCCUCCUCCUGCAGCCCUCUGCCAGCCCGGGCGCGCAACCUCGGCGGCACCGAGCCCAGCGACGAGAUGAAGACCCUCUUCACCAUCGAGAUCAAGGAUGGCCGCACCCAGCCCAUCAGGAGCCACAUCGUGGGGGCGCCAGGGAACCAGCGGGCAGAACUCACCCUGGGGUUGAGAAGCACUCCCCUUCGAAUCACCACCAGCAGCAUCGACAGUUCCAGCCAUGGUGGCAGCAGCUCCAGCCUUAAUAAGAUGGAAGCCGAGGUGCCGGGGCACUGCAAGGCAGAGGACUCGGCGUUGUCAAACGGCACCGAGAAAGAGAAGCCACAGGCCCAGGAGCUCCACCAGCAAAGCCGUCUGAGCGCUGAAGAGCUGAGCAAGAUCGAGGAAGAACAUGUGUUGGAUAAGAUGCUGGAUCAGACCACAGACUUUGAGGAGAGGCGGCUGAUACGGGCCGCCAUGCGGGAAUUACGCCAGCGGAAGCGAGAGCAACGAGAGAAGGAGCGCGGCUUGCGGAUCCAGGAAGCCAAAUCGAGAGGGGCCACCCACACCACAGAGACCACCGCCCGGCAGAGCGCCAUGUCCGCCGAUGGCUCAGCCAUCAGCACUGUCACCAAGACCCAGCGCCUUGUCCAGUCCAAUGACGGCAGCAAGACUUCCCGCACGAUGACGAUGGAGUCCAGCUACGUGAAGAGAUCGGAAACAGACGGAAACACCUUUGUCCAGACCAAAUCGUCCUACAGCACAUCGUCUUCCAAGAAAGUGGGCAGCAUCUUCGAGCGAGAGGACGAAACCUCUGGACGUGCCGGCAGCCUGGCCGCCCUUGAGCGUCGCCAGGCUGAGAAGAAGAAGGAGCUCAUGAAGGCCCAGAGCCUGCCCAAGACGUCGGCUUCGCAAGCCCGGAAGGCCAUGAUCGAGAAGAUGGAGAAGGAGAGCGGCAGCCCAGCCAACCCAGCCGUGUCCCGGGUGGCCGUCCAGCGCUCGGGCAGCUUUGGGGUCCCCAAUGCCAGCAGCAUCAAGCAAAUGCUGCUGGAUUGGUGCCGCGCUAAGACACGGGGCUACGAGCACGUCGACAUCCAGAACUUUUCCUCCAGCUGGAGCGACGGCAUGGCCUUCUGCGCCCUUGUCCACAACUUCUUCCCAGAGGCCUUCGAUUAUGCCCAGCUUUCGCCUCAGGACCGGCGGCGCAACUUCGAGAUGGCGUUCUCGUCUGCUGAGGUGCUUGUGGACUGCGUGCCCUUGGUGGACGUGGAAGACAUGAUGAUCAUGGGGAAACGUCCGGACGCUAAGUGCGUCUUCACCUACGUACAGUCCCUCUACAACCACCUGCGGCGCCACGAGCUCCGGAUGAGACAGCAGCAGCGCUUCUAGCCUUCCUCUCCCGCCCCCCUCACUCCCCCUUCCCUCUGAAACAUCCCGUCUAGCCUGUCUGCCCCCCACCAACCCACCCACCCACCCCGCGUGCGGCAGCAGGGGAAAGGAAGAUGUCUUCACUUGCUCCUCUGGUCCUGAUCCGUGCUCCUGCAGCCCCACCUCCUCCCCCCUGCUUCCAGAGAACUCUUACUAUGGGCAGGAGCCACCCGCAGCAGCAAAAAGGCAAGAGGAACCAACACCCCCCCCCACACACACACACCCCGCUACAGCAGGCUGGGCAUUUGGCAAUCCAGGCCGGUUUGGAGGGGACCGGCCGAGCUUAGACUGCUCUACGGAGAGAACCGGGACUACCCUUCUCAUCCGCACGUGCUUUUUAUAUUAUUGUCGUCAUUGUCGUUAUUUACUGUAAGUUAUUCCCGUUUCCUCCUUUUUCAAAACUCCCCUUUUUUUGCAUCGUGCACGGCCGAGCAGCAUUAAGGGCAGAGACCUGUGCAGGUGUGAUUGACUGGCCAUGCGUCUUGUCUGUACCUUUGAACGGCUAAAUGCUGGAGCAUGUUAAAAAGACAGGGGGUGUUGCCGUCUGUGUGUGCAGAUCUUAAUUCGUCCCUGCUUCCCACCUCCCCCAAAUCCUUGAACUGCGAUGAUCCUUGCAAGUGCAGAGCCUGCUCAGCAGGUUAUAGACAGGUGUGGUGCCCCCCCCCAAAAAAAACCAGACGUUAGGAACGUAGGUAGCUACCUUCUGUCAAGCCAAACCGCUGGCCCAUUCUAUCUUCGUAUUGGCAACCAUGACUCGCAAGUGGCUUUCUAGGCUUUCAGGGGACAUUCCCAGCCCUAGCUGGAGAUGCUGCCGGGACUUGAACCUGGGACCUUCUGCAUGCCAAGCAGAUGUUCUGCCAUGAAGCUGAAUGAAGCCUUUUACUAUAUUGCUUCUGACUGUUGGUCCAUCUAGCUCAGUAUUGUCUACACUGACUGGCAGUGGCUCUCUAGGAUUUUUGAUAGGGAGACUCUUCCCCCUCGGGGAGUUGAACCUGGGACUUUCUGCAUGCAAAGCAGAUUCUCUACCGCUGAGCUAUGGCAGAGGGCCUCUACCUUCACCCCCUUAGAGGCAGAGGUCUUGCAUUUUCCUCGUGACCCCCUCCCCACACUUCCAGAAGAGGAACCCAAUUACAAAUGUAGUGUACAAGCCCCACUGGGCUGGGACUGUGCCUCUUCUGGAUUGAACCCUGCUGGUACCAGUGGGUAGGAAAAGCCAAGUUUUCAGAUGGGAAACAGCUUCCUUCCUGGGCAAGAAGGGGUGAAAGCUGGACGAGGGAUAGGAGGAGACCUCAGGGCCACCCCUGAAUCCUGACCGAAAGGGCUCCUGAAAUCAGCUCAUUUAGAAAGUGCAGCCUUUGAAGUUGUGGGGUAACUGGACAGAGAAGUGGAUUUUCUUUGCUGCUUGGGGUAGAGAAGACAGAUUAUUAUUUUUAAGAGAAACAAACCAUGUCCCCUGUCUGAAUGGUGGUGGUGAAGGGCACACUCUGCACCAGCUCAGAGGCUCCCUUGCAAGCACAGGGCAUGCCAGUUCCCAUCUCUUGGCCACCAGUUUGUUGAAAUCAAGUCUUGCCCAUCCAUGUGCCCUGUGUGUGCAUUCACCCUUGGCUCUGCCAGCCCAGGAGCGAUUGUGGUCAACUCUGGGUGCUUAAACAUGGCAGGAGAGAGGGGAACCUACGUGGGUUUCAUUCUGGUGUGACCUCUCUGCAUGGAACAGCUUUCCUGCCCGUGCAUCAUUUAGCAAUGUCCACGCCGCUCCUGGGUGUCCCCAGCCCCUUUGCACAAGUCUCCUUCCCUUUUGAGGGCCAAUUAAUACGGGAAGGUUGGGCAGAUGAGCCAGCUGAGAACGACUGGAGCCUGGAGCGAGGGACGGACAGCAGGAUGUGCUCCUCUGACACCGCUCUCAGCACUCAGCCACGCGCCCGAUUGUAACGGUUCUUGCACUAGCACAAGGAUGUUUAUGUAGACACCAGCAAGACAAUAAAAGUUUGGAUAGACUGUU